UAAUUGGCUUGACUUAUCAAUUCUACAGCUUUGGUGCACGUAUAUGCAACGUGUUUCCAUAGACACAAAAAAAUCAGAUUUGUUUGCAUUUUUGGACCCGGUUCAAUUGAGUUUUGCAUCAAAGCCAGUUUCACUUCAAAAGGCGGGUAAACAAUACAUUCAAAAUAAUUUGCGUGAUCUAAACAAAGUGUGCUACUUAGCACCACAUCUUUUUGACGGGCAUUGGCAAUUAAUAAUUAUGUGUCCUACGGACAAUGUUAUAGUUUGUCUUUGUUCAUUACACCGUAAGAUACCUGAGGCAGCGAGGAAUUUUUUUACAGAUGCUUUUAAAGUUCAUCAAUUGGCAACUUUUGGUAAUAGAAAGAAGGCUACAUGGAUUUUUCCCAAAACAAGGCGACAACCUAACGGUAAUGACUGUGGAUAUUAUGUAAUGAAGAACAUGCUUGACAUUGUCACCGCUAGUAUUACAAAGAAUUGGAUGGAGGUGUUCGAUGAUCCCACGUCAUUAACCGAGGAGGAGAUGUAUGAAUUGCGAAACAACUGGGCUACUUGUUUUCUUGACCUGUACAAUCCCGAGGUAGAUUAUGUUGUUUCCGAUGAUGAGGUUUAGGAGCUAGCUAGUUACAAUAGAUUGACAUUAACUAGGAUGUUUUGAAUUGUAAUGACUUGUAUUUUGCUUGAAUGUUAUAACAUUUUGGAUUGUUUUGGUAUUUUGCUUGACUUGUAAGACUUGGUAUUUUAUUUGAAUUGUAAUGACUUUGGUACGUAA